CAAGACACCAACCACUUCAUCAGUGCUCUGACCACCAAUCCAUUUCACUUUCUCAUCUUUCUUUCAUUUUACGAGGAAGUUUUCAUUCGAUCUAACUCAAGUCUCAUUAUUUCAAUCAACUUAUUAUUAUCAAGAAUUUACUUAUUUUAAAACAUACUUAUAAACGAUGGGUAAAAAUAAGAAAGAAGCACAACAGGAAAUUCCGGCUCAUAUGGUUUGUGAUGAAGGAGGUUUUUAUAGUUUUCGAUUCGCAAAGGAAGUUGGAUGUUGUGAUAGAUGUACCUGCAUAUUCUGCUUUCCAUGUUAUGCGAUUUGUUCUUGCCUGAUGUCUGAAGGUGCUGCAUUUGCGAACCCUUUGUUUGAACAAAUGUGUUGUUCAAAAGGUCAAGAUCAAGGUGAAGACGCUGGAAAGGCAGUUUGUCGUAAAUGUGGAUUGACAGAAAUUGAAGCAAGAGAUCUUUCUGAUGCUCGAGGAGCAGAAGCCCAAGAAGGCAAACGUACCACCGGGUAUUUCUCAAAUGCGAUGUCAAUGCCUGGAGCUUCAACUUCUAAUCAGACCCCAGUGACUUCACCUGUUCAUCCUACCAAUCCUGAUCAGAUUGUUGAAGACUAAGCUUCUCCUCGCCCCUCAGUCAAACGCGUUCUGAUUAUCUCUCAAAGCAUCAUGAGCGGUCAUAUUUCGAGCAUGCCGCAGUUGCUUGUCCUCUAGUCGGCUCAGGCUUCGUCAGAAACUUGAUAUCUUUGACUUCUCGUCUCAAGCAUUCCAGCUCCAUCACAAGCAAAACACUCUGAUCCAGUUUUUCCUUCGAUCCUUCAACCUAUGCUAAUUUCUCAUAGACUACCACAAUUGUGUACCUAUGUACCUUUCUUCAAUCAUUUUCCCUCAUGCCAUUGUGUUUAAACCCAAGAAACGGUUUUUUUUGCUAACCUUCCUUCGUGUUUCUAUCAAAUCAAAUUUAUAUUUAUAUCUUUGUUUUUUUCUUACUUGAUGAAUUACACUGAUGAUAUAAUUUGUUCUAUUUUUAUAAACUAUACCGGUUUUUUUAUAAUGGUUAUACAGACUUCUCGGAUCUUUUAUCUUAUUAUUUUACUCAUUAGAAUCAUUUAUAUCCUUGGUGACAAACUUGCUGUAUCGAAGUGAUGAUUGUGUUUAUUGAAUAACUUCAUUUUUUUUCCAUCUAGAGAUUUCUUCAUUCAUUUUGUGGAGUUUUUUUGGAUAACUUCUAUGUAUCCUACCUUUUUUCUUUUAUGACUGGUUUGCCAAUCGAAGUGAGGAUGUGAGUUUUGAUUCGGAAUGACGUAUAUGAUUGGAUUGGUGUUUGAUU